AUGGCCAAGGCGGGAGAGGUAGACGACGACACAAAGACAGGGCAGGAAGCGCUUCUCCUUCCCCGGAACGACGACCGGCGGACACUGCCGUAUUACGGCGUCCCGAUAGCGGAAUACUCGGAGGAUCUGCCGCCGCUGUCGCCUCGGCCAUACCUCCUCAUACCUCUCCACCACGGGUGCUUGCGCCGGCGCGGCCUCCGGAGGCGGUGCUUCUCCUGCGUCGACGCGCUCCUCUUCUCCACCCUCCACACGCUCCUUCUCACGGGGAUCGUGGUCGGCCUUACUGCCUUCCUCCUCUGGCCGUCGGAACCGGAGCUCCGCCUCGCUCGCUUGAAGCUCCGCUCACUUCGCAUCACCACCAAGCACAAGGGGACGCUGGUGGCGCUCGACGUCGCCAUGGAUCUGAAGAUCCGCGUCCAGAAUCGCGCCUUCUUCUCCCUCGACUACGACAACGUGACGGUGGGGAUCGAGUACCGGGGCCGCCCCCUGGGGUCGGUGGUGGCCGGCGGGGGAGUCGUCGAGGCCCGAGGGGUAUCCUUCGUAGCGGCGACCCUGCGGCUUGACGGCAUUCGCGUGCUGGAGGACGCGCUCUUCCUCAUCGAGGACCUCGUGAAGGGGAAGAUCCCCCUCGACACUGUCACCGUGCUCGCCGGCGACCUCCGCCUCCACUCCGUCCAAAUCCCCAUCCAGGUACCAGUCUAUCACUACCAGAUCCUCCUGUUGUCCUCUUCACACGCAUAGACUUUGACGGUCAAAGCGUCGUCAGUUUUAUAAAACUCUACGGUUAACGUGAAAUAUGCAAAUUACUUUGCUUCCAACAUUCGGGAUAAUGACAUUGAAACAAAACCAAUAAUAUCAAAUAUCAGAUGCCCAUAUAUUUAAUAUUUCUGUCCGCGUUGGUAAGUUUGUUCUUUUUUAUAUUUUAUUCUCUUAAUAUUGUGCUGAAAAAUUUUGUACUUUGCACAACAUUAUUUAUUUGAUUAGAUAUUAUCGACUGUUGAUGUGAAAUCUUAUCAUGUUAUUUUUAUAGCAGGAAUUACAAUUUUAAAAUAUUAAUUCUUCUUUUUAUGAGAAAAGAAUUAUGUAAAAUGAUAAAAAUAUAUAUCACAAUAAUCAUAUGAAUAUAUCUCAAUGGAAAUCAAUCUAGAGUUGACUUUUGUAGAGCUCUCUACUAUCGCAAGCAAUUGUCUUUCUCACUCGAUAAAAAAUCAAUCUUGAGUGUGCUAGAUCCAAAAUCCUUUGCUUCAUCUCAAAUGUUUAACUUCCCAACUCAUCUCAAGAAAAGACGAACACAUUCCAUUCCAUAUGGAGUCAACUUUCGGAAGUUGUGACCUCAAAAGUUUGACUUUCUUACAAAGCCAAUGAGUAUUUGAUUAGAGAAGUCCAACGUUGACUUUAAUACAUUUUCUUUUGUUUUUUAUCGAGUGGUUGACUCUAGCAACGAGGGACUAUCAAGGAGUUGAGUUUUGAGGGCUCUAGGGAACUUCUACUUUGGUGCCGGGAGGUGGCCCGAGAAUCAUGCCAAGGCCCUAAAGUUCCUAACCUACUGGUGGGCCUGCUUUGGGAACUGAAGAGGCCCAUUUACCAGGCGACUGAGGGUGAGAUGCCGUAGACUACAGGACUCAAGAGCCGAGUUGGGUUGGGGCAGGCUGGCUGGCCCAUGGGCUUUGCUUUUUGAGAUCAUUACGAAACUUAGUAUGACGAGUUUCAGGGCCAAGAUAGUUGGAGGAACUUACGAGGCUUCGGUCAUCCAGGUUGUCCUCUGAGUGUUCAAAAGACCAGGGUAACUUGAUCAUUUAAGGUCUAACUGGGCUGUAGGCGUCGUGUUAUCUUAACCGGAGUUAUGGCAUGUAUUCUGGUCGUAGACGUCUAACUGGAGUCGUAAAAUUCUAGAGGAUAGAAGGAUAAUUUUUAAAGUAGACUAAAUUUGUUGAUAAUAUUUAUUUAUAUAGGUAUCUGAAGUUAAUUGAGUGACCACCUUCUGGGAAACCGCUAUGGUGGCUGGUACUCCUCUCGGAGUUCCCGUGGUACUAUGCUCUCUCUCUCUCUCUCGUGCUCUGGCUCUCGCUCUCUCUCAGCUGAGGAUAAUGUCGGGGGGUGGUCUGCAGCGGCAGGGCGAUGGCGACCGCCGCCAUGGACGAACAUGGACUAGGAGAAUUCCCCAACGCCCUUGCGGCGGGGGAGCCACUGAUUCUACUCCAGGACCACCGUCCGCAGUCCAUCGGCUACGGUGUUCCAGUCGGCGACUACAGGGAACCACUGGUUCCGCAGCCCUACGUUUUCCCUCCACUCCUCUCCCGCCAUCGCGGCCGCCUCCGCCUCCGUCUUCGCCUUCGCCUCCGCUGUCCUCCCCCCUGCUGCAAUGCCUUCGCUUCCUUUAUAUCCCUCCUCGCCCUCUUCUCCGCUGCUCUCCUGAUAGGUGCGGCCAUCUUUUUCCUCUGGCCUUCUGAUCCUCAAGUCCGGCUCUCUUGGCUCGGCGUCCGCUCCAUCCGUGCCGUUCCCAACCGGCACGGUGGCAUCGCCAUUGACGUGGACAUGGACAUCAGGGUCUACAUCUACAACCGAGACUUCCUCCCUCUCGACUAUGACAACAUCACGGUGGACAUCACGUACCGAGGGCAGUCGCUGGGGACGAAGAUGGUGGUUGGCCCUCGCCUGGAAAGUAGAGGCGAGUCCUACGUAGACGCUUGGGUGCGGCUGGAUGGGAUCUGGGUGCUACAGGACACCUCCCUCCUUCUUGAGGACAUAGCGAAGGGGAGGAUCCCUCUCGAAACGACGACGCUGAUGAAGGGGAAAAUCCACCUGCAUUCCAUGGACUUCCCUGUAGAGGUAAUCUGUUAGGCUGAUCUGGGUAGCAUCUAGGUUUAGGGAUCAAUUUCAAUUCAACUCUUGUGUUUCAUCUUCGAUUGCUUGACUUGCUUGAUGACUGACUUCUCCUAACUAUUACCGUGUUUUCCUGUGGAACUCUAACAUUUUCUCCUGACUGUAGGCAUUUUCUUAUCUUAUUCCUGAGCCCUGAGAAAUGCUUUUAGAAUAAUCAAUUCUGACAAAAAUGGGCUUAACAGAGGGGAUGUCACAAUGCUUUUGCAUACCAUGAAAUCAUCAGUAUGAGUAUUGUUUAGAUCAUUUGGAGGGUUUUAAAUACUUCUAUGAGUGAUCCCUGUUCUGCCCUUGAUGCUAUUUGGAUCGAACCUUAUAAUUCUAGGUUUUGGCCAAGAUUUCAAUUUAAGUGUAUUUUUGUCUCUUCUUCAUUUUCUUAAAUGCUUGCAAAAAUAUCGCCCAAAGAUGCUCUUAUUUGGCGAUUUUAACGCUUUCCUCAUUUCACAUAAACUCAUGAUAUUCUUAAAAAUGUGAAGUUUAUGGCACAUGACUCAUAUCUUCUGUGUCUGUGUACAUAUAUAUAUAUAUAUAUAUAUAUAUAUAUAUAUAUAUGUAUAUUUAUGUACAUCUAUGUGUAUAUUUUUGAGAGGUACGCCGUUGAAAUGCCUUUGGUGACUUCUUUGGCAUGCAUGUAUAUCUGAAUCCCACUUUUUCCUUUCCUAAUUUUAAGUGUCGGCUCUCUGUUUUGGCGUUGCAUCUAAUCCCUUGCUACAUUUGAUUUAAAGUCAAUGCUACUGCAUUGCCUGUGGACUUGAACUUUGCUUGUGAUUUUGUUCUCUGUUGGGUAAAAUUAUGCUUAGAUUCUUUUUAAGACAGAAAUUCUUUGUGGUAGCAUUUCUUUGCUGCCUGUAACGAGUAGGCAUUCCCAGGCUUCUCCAAGACAUGUAGUGCAGAUCGAAUUGUAAGGAGCUUGUUGUACUCUUCAGUGUGGAUCCUCAAUGGCAGAUGUAACCUAUUCUUGGUCCUGGUCAACUUAAAACUUUCUUCUCAUAUCUUUUUGAUCGUCUGCAAGAAACAAGAAGAUAAGCCAUAGAUGGUCAUUAGAACAUUAAGCUGCUAGUGCUUGAGGUCAGGAUUUAUGCAGAACCAGCACUUGGGUCUUGGGGCAAUACUAGGGGAGGCUACUAAAUAUAUUAUAACGACAAGGUGGAUUUCUUCUAUUCAGUGUGGGACUAAUCUAGAAAGCUAGAUGAAGCAUGUGAACCAAGAAGGGAAUGGUGCUCUUAUAUACUCUACUAAAUAAUUAGAUAGCUGAAUCCAGAAUCAGUUGGUAAUGAGAGGAGCAUACUCAUAUUUCUUUAGCCAUUUGCUAACCUUGCAAAAAUCUGACCAGCUAUUAGAAAAAUGGUUCUUUAGCUUUUAAUCCUCACAGAAUCCUUGAAUCACGAAGAAGUCCAUGUGUUCAUCAGUAGUACUUGUAGGUCUCCGCAGAUUACCUCACCUAUAGAUCUUAGCUUCUCAGAUUUAUUCGAAAUAGAUGAAUAUGCAGGGAGUAUUCUCCAAAUUAAUUUGAAUGAAAAUGGAUAUGCUUAUCAUAUCAAAAUGGGUGUACACAUACAUUUCCGAAGAACAUAAAAAUGGGUAUGCUUUCAUAAAUUUAUGUUCCAUAAAGUGUGGCACUGUUUUCAGAUGUUUGACUAUGUAUCCAAUGCACCGUUCUAUCUAUUUUUCAGUCUCAUUGAAUCGUUGAAUGCAUGCUCUCAUGGUUUUCAUGAGUAGAACUUCCCUCUGGGUCACUAAUAAUUGAUCCUUCUGUUCCCUCUCUCUCUGUGUGCUGUCCUCAGGGGAGAAUAUCCUGUGCAGUCAUCGUGGAUGUGGAAAAUCAGGCCAUCGCUAGCCAGGACUGCUACCCUGAGGUAAGUUCUAGUAGGCUUAGAUGAGCUUCGGCCUCUUUUUUCCUCAUGGCCUCUUCUUUCCUCCACUCUGCUGCAGUCCUCAUGAACAAUGGAACCCAGCCAGGAGAAAUUUUCAUAUGCUGCUUCCGCUUCCAUAUAUAUACAUAUAGAACAGUCUCUCUCUCUCCCUCUCUCUACCUGUGUAGCAAGGAGGUGGAGCUUCUUGUGCGUAGCCAAUUAGUAAGUCUCUCUUGGGGUCUAAAUCUUUGGCAUCUGUGUUUCAUACUGGAAGGAGGUAUGAAUUUCUUAGGAUAUAAUAUCUUGUGUAAUCUGGAAAUUUUGUGCUAGUCUUAUGAAAUAAAGCAUGGUUUAGUGA